AUGACACAAGUACACUUACUUAUUACUGUCCUUUUGGCUUUCGCCUGUGCCGACAACAUCGAUAAAGAUGCACAAAUUCUGAGUUAUAAGAACGAUCCAGCAGAUGCUGAAGGUAACUACGCGUACGCCUUCGAUACAAGCAAUGGUAUACAACAACAGGAAGCGGGUAAUCCCAACGGUGUUGCAGGUACCUUCGAAUUUAUCUCACCAGAAGGAGAAAAAAUUGCUGUAAGCUACACUGCCGAUGAGAAUGGUUUCCAACCAGUUGGUGAACAUCUGCCAACACCACCACCAAUUCCAGAAGCCAUCCUUAAAGCACUCGAAUACAUUGCAGCGCAUCCACAGCCUGAAAAUCAACACAACUAAAAAAAAAACAACAGUAUGAAUGAAACAGCAAUAGAGGAGGGUUCUCGCAGAGCUUAUAUUGCGAUGGAAAAUUUAUGUUACUUUCCAAAAUUUUACCAGUUUCAACUAGUCAACAUGUUCAGAUGAAAAACUGGAAAUAAUUUAAAACUAUUAUAUAUAUACAUUUUUGCUAUAUCUUUUGUUAUAUUUUUAUUUAAAAAUUUUUAUGUAAAAAUAAUUCUCUAAAUGAAGCCAUAAAAUUAAGUUCCAAACUGGAAGAUAUUUUCUAUCUUUUCGAUGUAUGCGACUGUACAGUUCGGCUUUAGAGGCUGUACAGUUAUUUUCGUUCAUUGUAUUCGCUUUUGUAUAUAUGUAUGUAUGCAUAUAUCUUUAUGCAAAAACACACACAUCUUCAUAUUUGCUAUAAACUAUACUUUGUUUAUUAUUUACUGUUUUUUAAUUAUUAUAACAUUUAA